UAGUUAUUUUAUCCCAAUACUUCAAAAAGUAAAAAUCAACUUCACUGCUUGGCGGACAAAAUUCAACAAUCCCUCGUCUCUUUCCCCAACGCGAGAGAGAGAGAGACUGUGAUUGAAAAUGGCGAUUACAGGUGAACAGACGCGAAUCUGGGAAGAAAUUGACCGCGCCGAAAGUUAUCUCGUUUGUGGCAUGUUCGAUGAAGCCGCCUCGUUAGGUUCAUCUAUUCUUAAACGAUUGCUCGCAAAUUGUAAGCUCAGCGAAUCGUCGGAGAGUUUCGAGGACGAUCGUGGUGAUAUGCUGGAAUCGGCGGGCAUGGUGCUUGUACAAUCCAUGAAACAUUCCCAAAGGACGUCAGAAAUACUGAAGGAGCUUAAACUGUUAUUUGGUUCACUCUCUGCGAUGCCUGUUCAAGUUUUCCUCUCUGGGGUGUGCUUUGAAAUGUCGGAGAGUCCCCCCUCUACUGUUCAAGGCUUUCUUGAGGAAUUUCUGAACAGCUGGAAAUAUGUAGAUGACCGUUAUUAUCCUCUCUCCGGGGCAGAAGCUAUAGUAUCUAACACAGAAGGAUCUUCGUUAAUGUGUUCUAUCAGAGUUGACGAGUAUUUAGCAGUUGUUGAGCUCUAUGUCAUAACACUUCUUGCUAGGACUGUUAAGAACACAAAUCUUGCUAUUAUAUGGGUGGAGAAAGCCAUGUUGCCAAUCGAGAAGCGGCAGGAACUUCUGAGGCGAUUACAAUCGAUGGAUUCCACUGUCACCAGUUCGUCGAAAAAAUCUACAUCACCUGAACUUUCAGAUGAAUUCAAUUCUGAUUACUUACAAGAUCAAAAACCAUAUAAAGGGCAUCUAAGAGAUGUUGAGAAAUAUACAUCAAAAGAAGAAAUUCUGAAAUUUUCUCGACAAAGAGUUCCAUUCUUCUGGUGGUUUCCUGCAAUCAAAUUAAAGUUAGGCAGUACUCAAUUAGUUAUACCAACUGGGAAAAUGCUGGUGGCUUCUCUUCUGUUGCUUCUUUAUUAUUUGACGAGGAAAAAGCAAGCUUUGGUGAAGAGGUUUCUUGCUAAGAAAGCUGUGUCCAUGAAAAAGGGUCUGCUCGACUUGUGGCAGCUUGCAUUCUCAUACCAAGUGAAUCCUCUAGCGGCUGUUCGAACACUUCCAACCACGGCAAGUGGAAAUCGUUGAUAUAUAUGUAUGGUUCACUUUCUCCAUCUAUCUCCACUCCAGGCUCGAUUUAUCUCUUGUGAGUAUAUGCCCACAUGACCUAUAAUAAACCAUUUGAUGAUUUUACCAACAUGAGUGGGUUUCGCUGCUUAUCCAGACAGAAAAAUGAUUAAAAUUCGUCCUGCUUAAAAUUUCAAGUUGUCUUCUUGGGAAAAUAAGUAAAUAAAUUGGUAUAGCCAUUUGAAUUA